AUGAAUCGCGACAUAAGUGAUGCUCGCCCUGAUAUCACCCAUCAGUGCCUCCUCACGCUAUUGGACUCGCCUAUCAACAAAGCUGGAAAGCUACAAAUCUACAUUCACACUGCAAAGGGUGUCCUUAUUGAGGUUUCUCCUUCAGUAAGAAUCCCUCGUACUUUUAAAAGAUUUGCUGGUCUUAUGGUGCAACUGUUGCACCGUUUGUCGAUUCGCUCUACAAACUCAAAUGAAAAGCUCCUGAGGGUGAUUCAAAAUCCUAUUACUGAUCACUUGCCACCAAAUUGCCGGAAAGUCACACUGAGCUUUGACUCGCCGCUGGUCCGUGUGCGCGAAUACGUCGAAUCAGUUGGCUCUAAGGAGAGUGUCUGCGUGUUCGUUGGUGCUAUGGCCAAGGGCGCGGACACGUUCGCUGACUCCAUGGUUGACGAAAAAAUCUCAAUCAGCAACUAUUCUCUCUCUGCCAGUGUAGCCUGUAGCAAGUUUUGCCAUGCGGCUGAAGAUGCUUGGGAUAUCCUCUAA